AUGCCUAACGUGAAGCGGCUCAAGGGCAGUGGCGCCGCGAAAGCCCAGAAGAAGCCUGAACCGAAGCACAAGACCACCGACGGACGUCCAACACCGGCCGAGGUCGAAGAGGAGGAGCACCAGUUUGUCCAAGUCGCGCGGAAGCAUUGGCUGAAGCCCUCGAAGAAGCCGGCCAAGCCCAAGGUCAAGAACGACGUCCUGAAGCAGAGCAUCUGGGACCAGCUCGAGCGCGAGGGCUUCCAGUACAAGUCCCUGCUGCUGCUCGAGAGUCUUCAGACACUGGAGAGCUACCUGUGGCCCGGAUACACCGAGGAGGCGUCUAACUACCAUGUUUUGUUGAUCGCACUCAUCGCCAAUGUCAAGAGACGAGAACACUUGGAAACUUGGGGGCUUUUCGAGGACAGACCGGCUGAUUUCUCGUCCUUGUUUCGCCGACUCCUUUCCAUGAUGCUCGACCGAACGCUCUCCCUCACUGUCAGAACCCAGCUCCUCUGUUUCAUGAUUCACGCUUUCCAGAGUCUAGACUGCGCAAUUGUCAGGAAGGAGUGCGCACCGCUUGUUUCGAUCGGCAUAUGGCACAACUUGUCCACCGAGAAGUUGCAAGAGUCGAAGCUAGACCAAGCUCCUCAUCUGAGGAAGGCGUGGAAGGCUGCUCACAAGCGGUACGACGCAGCUGAUGACGCGACCAAGGCCCGCCUUCGCUUCGAGCGAUCAUGGCUUUACACGCUUCUCCUCGACUUCUUGGGUCUUCUGUACACAGAGGGCAGCAAAGCCGAUCAAGCGCUGUACUGUGAGCGGUUCGCCGAGUUUGUCUCCGAUCUCCAGAGCCAGUUGCCGACACGGCGCUAUGUCAACACUCUGCUCCGGGAUCUCCAUCUCGUUCCGGCAAUGAAGCUGUCGUCAAUGUACAAUGAUGAGGAGAACACUCUUCUUCGCGAGCUCCAUGCUCUUCUUUCUCACUACACCUACUUCACUAUCGAUGACCAGACGGGCGUUCAGCUUAGCUCUACGGAGGCGUAUGACAAACACUGCAAGUCCCUGGGGAAGCUACAGCGCAUUUCCUUGAAGCAUUUCAAAGAAAAGCUCGCAGUUCUAGCACUAUCGAAUUACGGUGCCAUCGAUAAGAGGGAAGAGUUAGAGGCCUUGCUAGAGCCUCUCACGGAUGAGGAAAUCGUUCAACUGAUGGUCCUUUUGGAGCUUCGCACCACAUACCCCGAAAGUCUCAAUCUCCCCAUCACCCGGAAACUCCUCCUCGAGGUGCUCCUGACCACCUUUGAGCGCAGAAAAACUUUCCAAGAGAAGGCCCGGAGUAUGGGUUUAGUGCCAACGGAGCAUUCGCUAUUCGACAACAGCUUCCAGCAGGCAGAGAGCUAUGAUGGCUCCCAUCCUAUGGCACUUCCCAAAUUGAACCUGCAAUAUCUUUCGGUUGGCGACUUCUUGUGGAGAGCGCUUAUCCUGUAUCGCUGUGAGUCGUUUUACGGAGUUCGCAAGGACAUCGAGUCCGCUCUGCGCCGAUUGCGGCCAGAGUCGAAGCAGCCAGGCGAGACCACUUUCGCUGGAUUCUCCAAAAUGGCGAUGUCCAUCUCGAAGCCGACGAUCUUGGAGGUGGUGCCAGCUCUUGUUGGCGAUGACCAGCCAUCGAUGGUACGGGCUGAGGUUUUGGUUGAUGUCCGACGACUAGGAGAGGGUGUACGUCGGGAAUGGGACUCUCUCAGACAGGAUGAUGUGGUCUUCCUCCUCCACAUUGAGCCCCCCACGACCAAGCCUACCAGCAAUGGUGGCCAGGCACUGUCAGAGUCUGAGAUGCUUGGCGUGGUGUCCGUUCGAGCUGCAUCGGUUCUUCAAAUCACCGACGAGAAGGGCCGCCAUGCCAGAGAAGGAGCCGGCAAUCUUGACAGCAAGCGUCGCAUCCAACUCAAGUUAGACUCACAAACAUACACCAAAGAUGUCGAGCGAGCGUCAGCUGGGAAGCCUGAUGUCUAUGCUGGAAUUAAUCUGCUCCUCAGACGUGGCAGGAGGGAGAACAACUUCAAACCUGUUCUUGAGUCCAUCCGGACCCUUGUCCUUUCCGAGGUCCCCUUGCCUGCCUGGCUCCAUGAAGUCUUCCUUGGCUAUGGAGAUCCCGCUGGCGCCACGUAUACGAAUCUCCCUAACCGAGCCAAGAAGGUUGAUUUUAGAGAUACCUUCCUCGACUGGCAACACCUUACUGAGAGCAUGCCUGGAAAGAUUAUCGACCCAGGUGAUGAAGUCUCCGGCAGCUUCGGCCCCCCGUAUGUGUUGGAGGCUGUAGAAAAGCCACAAGAGCCUAAGGGAACCAAGCCAUCGAAGAAGCGUCGACGCGACGCGACCCCUGCUUUAAUAUCUGAAAUCGAGACCCUGAAGGCUUCGACUUAUCAACCUCCGAACACGGGACCGUAUCCUAUCGACGUCCCCCGCCACAACUCUGUGCGAUUUACCCCGGCUCAAGUGGAGGCCAUCACAUCUGGUACACAGCCUGGACUUACCGUCGUUGUUGGACCUCCUGGAACUGGCAAAACCGACGUCGCUACCCAGAUCAUCAGCAAUAUUUAUCACAACUUCCCCGAGCAGAAGACAUUGCUCAUUGCACAUAGCAACCAGGCCCUCAACCAGCUGUUUGCCAAGAUUGUCGCUCUGGAUAUCGAUGAGCGUCACCUUUUGCGUCUAGGUCAUGGUGAGGAGGAGCUUGAUACCGAGGGUAACUUCAGCAAGCACGGACGAGUUGAAUCAUUCCUGGAGAACCGAGACCGCUAUCUCCACGAAGUCAAGCGGCUUGCUGCCAGCCUUGGAGCACCCGGUGCACAUGAGAACUCAGCAGAGACAGCUGGUUAUUUCAACACCGUCUAUGUUGAGCCUGCGUGGACCAAGUUCCAGCAAAUCGCUGAAGCUGAUGACUCUACCGCGGCCGAUAUUGUUGCUGCUUUCCCCUUCCACACCUACUUUUCCAAUGCCCCUCAACCUGUUUUCCCACAGGAGGCCGACCGAGACCAGGCUCUGGAAAUCGCUCAAGGUUGCUAUCGUCACAUCUCCAAGAUCUUCUCGGAGCUUGCCGACGCCCUUCCGUUUGAGAUUCUCCGAAGGGAUCGCGACAAGGCAAACUACUUGCUCACCAGCGAGGCUCGCAUCAUUGCAAUGACAACCACGCACGCGGCAAUUCGGAGAGGCGAAAUUUCUUCCCUCCGAUUCCACUACGACAACGUGGUGAUGGAAGAGGCGGCUCAGAUUACCGAAAUCGAGACUUUUAUGCCAUUGGCGAUGCAAACCCCUGUUGAUGGCAAGAUGCCUCUCCAGCGGGUUGUGUUAUGUGGUGACCACUUCCAGAACUCGCCCGUCAUUCAGAGUCUUGCAUUCCGCCACUAUGCCAACCUGGAACAGUCACUGUUCUCGAGACUGGUUCGGCUCGGUGUUCCCACUAUUACACUCGACAAGCAAGGUCGGGCUCGUUCGUCCAUUGCAAGCCUCUACCAGUGGCGGUACCAGAAUCUGGAGAACCUUCCGGAUGUGCAGAGCAACCCACAGUUUGUCAAGGCCAAUGCUGGAUUCAAGUUCGACUACCAGUUUAUCAACGUCCCUGACUACAAGGGCCGUGGCGAAUCCGAGCCUACGCCUCACUUUGUUCAGAACCUGGGCGAAGCGGAGUAUGCAGUGGCCAUCUACCAGUAUAUGCGCCUGCUUGGAUACCCGGCGGAGAAGAUUAGCAUCCUCACGACGUACGCUGGACAACGAGCCCUGGUGAAGGAUGUGCUGUCUCAUAGAUGUGCUCGGAACCCUGUGUUUGGCCUCCCCAAGGUAGUUGCCACGGUAGACAAAUACCAGGGCGAGCAGAAUGAUUACGUCAUUCUAUCUCUGACUCGAACAUCACGGGUGGGCUAUCUUCGCGAUGUCCGCCGCAUGACGGUGGCACUUUCACGAGCACGACUAGGUCUCUACAUCUUGGGCCGUCGGGAAGUGUUUGAGGCCUGCCCCGAGCUUCGCCCUGCGUUUGAUCUGCUGUUGCAGAGACCUGACAAGCUAAUGCUUGUUACGGGAGAACUAUGGCCCGCGGAGAGGGAGUUUACCGAAGGGGACGGUGCUGUUGAGGGCGAGGUGCCGAUGGAGGGCGUAGAACAUUUAGGGCAAUAUGUGUUUGAGAUGACCAACACCAAGAUUAAGCAGCUGCAAGCUGAGCAAGGCGGCUCUGGGGUGUCUGAGUCCAUCGCCGAGGAAAUUGAGGGCGACGAGGAGGUGUACGAAGAGGAUGAUGGAGAGGAGGUCGAGGCGGAUAUCCUCGAGGUGCGAGAGGGAGAGUAA